GUAAGAGAAGUUGCAAAAAGUUUUACCAUACAAUAUGGGUAAAAAAGACAAGAACAAGAAGAAAGUAAGCGGUAGCGUAAAAACGGCAGUAAAAACUGAAAAGAAAUUGAAUGCAAAACAGAAAAAAGAAUUAGCCGCGCUUGGUGAGGAAGACAUUGAAAAUGUAAUUGCUCAAAUUGAAAGAGAAGAAGCACGAAGACAGCGUGUCGUUGAAAAGAUAAUAGAACCACCGUCUCGACGCGUGAACUUUACAUUAACAGCACACCCUUUUAAAGAUGAGCUUAUUAUGUUUGGAGGAGAAUUUCAUGAUGGACGGACGACAGUUGUUUAUGCGGACAUGUUUACAUAUAAUCUGAGCAAAAAUGAGUGGACUGUUAUAAAAGCACCAAGUGCACCACCUCCACGUUGUGGACAUCAAGCAGUGGCAACACCUACAAAUAAAGGAGAAUUAUGGGUGUUUGGUGGUGAAUUUUCUAGUCCUUCAGAAUCACAAUUUUAUCAUUACAAAGAUCUAUGGGUUUAUCGACUUGGAGAUAAAAAAUGGGAAAAAAUUUCGGCACCUAAUGGUCCAUCUGCUAGAAGUGGUCAUAGAAUGGCCCACUUAAAGAGACAAUUGAUCAUUUUUGGAGGUUUUCAUGAUAAUUUAAGAGAUUAUAAAUAUUUUAAUGAUGUGUACAUAUUUAAUCUUGAAACAUAUACUUGGCAUAAAAUUGAAUUAUCUGGUAUUCCACCUCUCCCAAGAUCUGGAUGUGUAAUAUUACCAACACCUGAAAAUAAACUUCUUAUAUAUGGUGGUUACAGUAAAGAAAGGGUGAAAAAAGAUGUUGAUAAGGGUUUUAUUCAUAAUGAUAUGUUUGUAAUGACUCCAGAAAAAAAUGAUCAAACUGGCUUAAAGUGGAAGUGGGUGUCUGUAAAACAGUCAGGUGAUAAACCGUCAUCACGCUGUAGCACCUCAGCUGUUCUGGUUCAACCAAAUAUGGCUUAUAUGUUUGGUGGAGUCUUUGAUGAGGAAGAUGAUGAAGAGGAACUUCAUGGAAUAUUUUUUAAUGACUUAAUAGCUUUAGAUUUGGAAAAAUUUCAAUGGCAUACAGUAACGUUAUCUGGAAAAAAAGAUGUAACCGCACGACGUCGCAGAAGGAAACCGAAAGAAGAUGAUGGAGAAGAAAACAACAGUGAAAAUGAAGAGGACAGUGACAUUGAAGUUCCAACAUUAUCGUCCAAUCCGGAUCAGUCUAUGAUUACUGACGACGAUGGAAUAUUCACUGUUACAAUAGGACCAACUUCGACAUCUGCUGUGCAGAAAAAGGAACGUACCAAGGAGAAUAUAUUUGUUCCAUGUCCAAGAACAAAUCCAGGAUUAGCUGUGAAGCAUAAUAUUUUAUACAUGUACGGCGGCAUGUUUGAAGAUGAAAACCGACAGUAUACGCUGAACGAUUUGUACAGUUUGGAUUACCGUAAAUUAGAUGAAUGGAGGACGAUAAUAACAAAUGAUUUGUCUACACAAACUUGGUUUGAGUCCAGCAGCUCAGAUUCGGAUGAAAAUACCGAUAGCAGCGAUGAAGAUGAAAAUGACUCUGAGAACGAACGUAUGGAUGUUGAGGAAAAUUGA